UCGGCCCUCCCCGUCUCCAGGUAUAUAAAGUGGGGACCGCUCCCGCGGACGGCUAAUGCGCACGGAGAGCAGCGCCCGCCCUCCCCGGUACAGACGGACGUCGAGGUGGCGAUGAGACUCCCGCUGGCUUUCGCCGUGCUCCUCCUGGCCUCGGCGCGGGCUCUGGCAGAGGAGAUGGGCGCCUCCGACGACCUCAGCUACUGGUCCGACUGGUCCGACGGCGACCAGGCGAAGGAGGAGCUGCCGCUGCCCCUGGAGCACUUCCUGCAGAGGAUGGCCCGGAGACCCCGGCCCCAGCAGUUCUUCGGCCUCAUGGGCAAGCGGGAUGCUGGAUAUGGCCAGAUCUCUCAUAAAAGGCAUAAAACAGAUUCCUUUGUUGGACUUAUGGGCAAAAGAUCUUUAAAUUCUGGAUCCUCUGAAAGGAGCAUAGCACAGAAUUACGAACGGAGGCGUAAAUGAGACAUCCCUGUACAUUAUUUAUUAAACAUCAUUUGUUCUAAUGGCCAAUGCAGUGUAAUAUAAACUAACCACUGUACGGAAUAAUUAUUUAUUUAAUAAUAACUGAUGGGUUGGUUUUUGUUCUGUUUUUUUUCAGUUGUACAUUCAAUAAAAUGAUUAUUUUUCAUAUUGUGGCAGUGAUACAUGUUGUGUAGGUGAGUUGUGGUUCCAAAAGGACCGGCAACCCUGGUGAUGUCUCUCAACAAAGCACAUCAUUCGAUAUGACCCAUAAAGUUAUGUUCACUAAAUGAAGAAAAUAUUCUUUUUGUUCAUUGAAAGUGAGUCUAUCAGCUUCACAGCCAGUGCAGAACAGAACUGAUGUACAGUCUAGUGCCUCAAUUUGUUUUCAUGGUUUAUAAUGUACUGUAAUUUCCAUAUCAAAAAAUAUAUUUGUAUCAUUGCAGCAUGUUUUAUGUUUGUGACUACGUAUCUAUAUAUUUUAAAAAGGGGGUGGGUAAGGUCGAACGGGAAUCCAAGGUCUUCAUUUCAUAGUCUGGAAUUUUAUGAUAGUAACAUUUUAAAUAAAAACUACUCUGGGGAUUUUGCAACAUA